AUGUCAUGCCAAACAGUUAUAGUGUGGAAAUCCUCGGGUCCUUGGUGGAACAGGACGGAUGCACAAGUGCACAUUUCGUUGUUCUCCAUCAUAAAGCUCUUUGGACAUAGACGGCAGGUGUUUAUGAAACGAUCUCGACGAACUCAUGCGUCACGCUUUUGGUCGUCGUUGCUCGUGCUUGCGGUGCUAAUGAUAUUCACCACGGCCACGGCCGCACAGGCAGAGGAGAGCCCGGUGGUCAUACCGACAUCAAUUGCAGAUUCAGUAAACGAAUUGGGUGCAAACGCAUUGGUAUCGACGGGCGUGACGCCGGCGACUGUGGCCCCAGCUCAAGAACACGACGCGGCGUCUUCGUCGGCAAAUGCGGUCAUGCCGACGUUGGCUACGGCAACAGAACUUCCGGCAACGAGUAGUCCGUCAACAACACCUCCCGUUGCAGCGGAACCGGGAGUCGCAACGGGACCAGGAGUUGCAACGGGACCAGGAGUUGCAACGGGACCAGGAGUUGCAACGGGACCAGUAUCACCAGCAGUUUCGCCCGCUAAUACCGGGUCUAUCGUAGGAGCAGAAGCACCAGCGGCAGUUGCGCCUGCUAAUCCCGUGUCUACCGCAGGAGCAGAAGCAUCAGCGGCAGUUGCGCCUGCUAAUCCCGUGUCUACCGCAGGAGCAGAAGCACCAGCGGCAGUUGCGCCUGCUAAUUCCGUGUCUACCGCAAGAGCAAAAGCGCCAGCGGCAGCUGCGCCUGCUAAUACCGGGUCUACCGCAGGAGCAGAAGUACCAGCGGCAGCUGCGCCUGCUAAUACCGGGUCUACCGCAGGAGCAGAAGCACCAGCGGCAGUUGAUCCUGCUAAUACUGGGUCUACCGCAGGAGCAGAAGCACCAGCGGCAGUUGAUUUUGCUAAUACCGGGUCUACCGCAGGAGCACCAACAACCGAGGUGCCGACUCCAGCUCCAGUCGUCGGUGAGAUGCCAAUAACCCCUCCAGUUGCAACACCAGCACUCAUAACUCCUCCAAACGCUAUCGAAGUGCCAACAGCAGCUUCUGUGGCUACUAACCCCUCAACGACUACUCCUGCAUUGGCUCCAUUGCCACCAGCCGUACCAAUGCCGGACCCAGUUGCAACAACUCAAGCCCCUACAGCAGCUUCUAACACGAUAGCUGCUCCCCCUUUGCCGGUACCAGCAACGAUCGCCCCGAAACCAACAACUAAGACUCCAGCGACUACUCCCCCGACAUCUACCCAUACUGAAGACACUCCGACCGUUAAUCCCCCUAUGCCUUCCUCUGACACUUCCAAGUUAAAAACAACAGAAUCCUCAGGCACCGACUCGAAGUCUAAGUCUGCAGGUGCGACCCAGGAGUCGGGUGACGACAGUGUCGCAGGUACGCCGACCGGCGACACUGAACGACCCUCAGGGUUACUUACACUUGCACCGAUCUUGCCGGAUGAUACAGACACCGACACCGAUACCGAUACUGACACUGAAACCGACUCUGUCGAUGCUGCUACCAAUGACAACGAGAGCGACUCCGCCCCAACCAACGCGUCCACAUCCUCGUCUCAUUCGCAAACGCUCGACGACUGGGAAGUCGUGCUAGUGAUUAUAGGUGCAGUAUGCGCCGUGGUGGCGUCAAUAUUCUUUAUGCAUAUGCGGCAUAAACGCACUGCAGCAGCAAAUAGACGCUCCCGUGGCACGCUUUCACAACGUGCUCUGGAGUCAUUUUUCUGGCAAAAUCGCGUGACAGUAGCUCGGGUGGCUGCUCUAUCGUCCAACGCCGAGCCACUCACUCCUCGCGACGAUAUUCCUGUGACAAUGGUAUUUGGAGAAAGGUCUCGUUCAAAGACAUCAAUGCCCAACGAAGAGUCUGAAGCUGAAGAUUUAGACCGAAACACCCAGUUAAAUAGCACGACCAGUAUCGACACGUCGACGGAUGAUUACGAUGGCAACGAGUACGAUUCGUUCACUGGUUCGAAAUCGUCGAGCGUCUCAUUUGACACUGCGAUAUUCAACGAUUCAGCCUAUUCGGACACGAGUUCCGUAUCCAUUGGUAGCAUUGCGCCAUCAUAUUCAUCGAGUCAGUCAUCCAUUUUCGAAGAAGGUUCCGGAACUACGAAUCGAACGGAACGAUCCAGUAGCGGAUAUUCCGUCUUAAACGUAUCGUUGAACGAUAGCACCUCCUGUCUGACUUCUCAAGGGCUGAACAGAUUUGCGGUGCCAUUGUCAAUGUCCGAGAUAUCGGAACGUACUAGUGACAAGAGCGAUUUGAGCCGUAUAAGCGAUGACUAUAGCGUCGAUGGAAGCUUUACCGAGAGUUUUACUACUCAAUUGAGUUCAAGUACUAAUGAUAGCUUCAUCUCGAUCGAGGGCAACUCAAUUUCACAAUCUCCUCAAGAUCCAGAUGAGAAUCUUUCAACAACCUCCGACCGGUCCGAGGACUCGACACUGAGUGAAGGUGACAUUUAG